CAUCACAUCUCUGCCCGUAUCAGGAAUCUGCCAGGAGCGGGGCAUUUGCUGCCACCAUGGCCACAAAGUGGGGUAUCUGUUCUGCAGGGAAGAUUAGCAAUGAUUUCAUGGUAGCUCUGCAGACCCUGCCAGCUCAGGAUCACCAGGCCGUGUCGGUUGCAGCAACAGACCUGAAGCGGGCUAAGGAAUUUGCCCAAACUCACAACAUACCGAAAGUCUAUGGUUCCUAUGAGGAGCUUGCCAAGGACCCAAGUAUUGAUGUUGUCUAUGUUGGUGUCUUACAUAUAGUCCAUCGGGAAGUAGUACUGAUGUUCCUUCAAAACAGGAAAAAUGUUGUGUGUGAAAAACCCCUGGCCAUGAACUCAUCGGAGGUCAAAGAGCUGACAUUGGCCGCUAGGAAAUACAAUGUCUUUUUCAUGGAGGCAAUGUGGAGCCGCUUCUUCCCUGUCUAUGAUCAGAUCCGCACCCUCUUAUCCCAGAAGGCAAUUGGAGAUGUGAAAGUUGUACGGGCAGAAUUUGGCUCUAACCAGUAUCAUGUCCCCAGAGCGGUGAAGAAGGAGCUGGGUGGUGGGGCUCUCCUGGACAUCGGCUGUUACUGCAUCCAGUUUGCCUUAAUGGUAUUUAAAGAUGAAAAGCCUGAGUCUGUGACUGCCCGAGGUUUUCUGUAUGAGACUGGGGUUGAUGAAACCAUAACGAUUGUUCUCCAGUACCCUGGGAAACGGCAAGCCAUCCUCACCUGCACCAUGAUGGUUGCCAUGCCAAACCAGGCUGCCAUUUGUGGCUCCACAGGAAUGAUUCAGGUUCCUUCAUGCAUGUGGUGCCCAACCUCUGUUAUCCUUAAUGGAAAAGAAACCAAGUUUCCCCUUCCCCCAUCCAAGAAGGCCAUGCAUUUUACAAACAGCACGGGACUGAGCUACGAAGCGGAACACGUGCGCCAGUGUCUGCUGAAGGGAUUAAAGGAGAGUCCACAUAUGAGCUUGGCGGACAGUGAGCAGCUAGCCACCAUUAUGGAAGAGGUACGCAAGCAACUUGGAGUCACGUUCCCGUAGGACAGAGCCUGAUUAAGUACAGCAAUUCCCAUUCGGAUUAUUACUGUAAUUAACUAAUGUU